ACACGUCUGUAUACUCAGAGCGGCAAAUACACGUCUAUAUACUCCGAGCGGCCAAUACACGUCUAUAUACUCCGAUCAUUCAGAUUAUCUCGUCAUAGCAGCAUCUUUAAAGCCCGUCUGUACCUGUCCGGGAUGACGACCGACAGUUGCAGUGUUAAUGCACCUGAGCUGUAUAUUAUCUGACAAGAUGGCGGUCGGUCCCGUCCUCUGCUGGCUCGGGUGCGUCGUCAUAACGGUUGUUGCGCUGCAUCCGGACGACAUCGCAUAUGUCCAGACAGAGUUGUCGCCCGCUGGUCUCGAGAUCCAGGUGACAGGUGGCGCUGUGUACAUUGAAGCUGUAGGCAGCAGGGUCCGUGGUAUCCUGAAAUGUUCCUUGUCACGUGACAAAGAUGCAGUGGCGAAGUUACUAGGCAACAGAAAUGUCGUCAUGAAAACAAUUGGACAGGCAAAAAUUAAAGAAGUGGUGAGUCUCUGUCAGCAGCGUCACCAGUUCUCAUACCGAGUUGUCGCCCCGGCCGCUCUGCCGCCUCAGCCAUUUGCCCCCGAGAAGACCGCCCAGCCUGCAGGGUCAGGGAGCAGCCUCCUCAUCGUCCCCGGGACCAAGUGGUGUGGGGAGGGAAACGUCGCCAACAGUUACGACGACUUGGGGACCUCGAGGCAGACUGACGCGUGCUGCCGGACACAUGACCACUGUCCAUACUUUAUCGACGCCUUUGAGUCCAAAUACCAUUACCAGAACCUGUACCCAUGGACACUCAGCCUCUGUGAUUGUGACAAGGCGCUCUUCCAGUGCCUCAAGAACGUAAACAACUCCGCCUCCAACGAAGUGGGCACCGGCUUCUUCGGCGUCCUGGACGUGGAGUGUUUUAGGUUUACCAGGGGCGAGUACUGUGCCAAGUACCACUGGUCUCAUCUAUGGUGUGAACAGGAAACUACUGGUCCAGAGGCAGUUGUGCAGAAACUAGGACUUCACUGGUAGAUGCUGACUCAGCUAAUAAAUAUACUGGGGGUAUUGAAA